AUGCAUUACAGGCCUUCAGGGCAGGAUUUCGUAGGGCAGCAGGUCAUGCCUCUCUACGCCGAUGGCAACUGGUGGCUAACUGCUUACCACGAUGUCUACUUUGUCCAAGAGGACUGGGUUGAACAAUUCACCAUCCAUAACGACCUGGACAAAACGAUUCACGAGACAAGGAGACUCGAGCGUGGCAGUCGCGUGAUCAAGGGGACUGAAUUCAUGACUGGCGUCACUGCCGGCGCAAGUUUCUCUGGAUGA